ACACGAGUGGAACAAACUUAAUCAGGCAAAAUGGUCAAAUGGUCUGACUUYGAGCGCGCCACCAUCAAGGACAUCUUCUCCAAGCUUGACUCUGGAGACGUGGGCCGUGCAGCUCUUUGCAGGUGUCUGACGGUCUACCCCUGGACUCAGAGAUACUUUAGUAAAUUUGGAAACCUCUCCUCUCCUGAUGCGAUAGCAGCAAAUCCCAAAGUGGCAGCUCAUGGAAAGGUGGUCAUGGGCGGUCUGGAAUUGGCUGCGAAGAACCUGGAUGACAUCAAGAACUCGUUCAAGGACCUGAGCAUUCUGCACUCGGAGAAACUCCAAGUAGACCCUGAUAAUUUCAAGCUCCUGGCCGACUGUAUCACCAUCGUUGUUGCUGGUCAGAUGGGCAAGGCCUUCACCUCUGAGGUCCACGCAGCRUUCGAGAAGUUCCUGGCAGUGGCGGUGUCCUCCCUGAGGAAGCAGUACUACUAGAGCUGCGGACACUCAAUGCUCUGUCUUACAGAGAGGCAAUGAGUUAAUAAAAUAUGAGCUUUUUCCAAGA